AACGGAUACCUAUCUCUACGUGAGGCCCGACCGGCCCGAGAGCCCAGCUUGCGACAGUUGUCGCUCGGUCGCUCUCAGAGAGCCAUCUCGGCUCCCGUCGCAGAUCAGUUCCGUUCUAAUAAAAGGAUCUUCGGAGGCAUCUCAAAGGAUUCGCAAGGAAAUCAUCGAGUAACCUUUUAACGUACUUCCAAGCACUUUCAAGGGUCUCUCGGAAACUCGCGAGAAGCUGCUGACAAGACUAGGAAGAAUUUAUUAAUUAGUUGGCUGCAAGAUUUCGGGAUGGUGAACCUGAAGAACGCCUUGGGUGCCGACGAGCUCACCGACAAGAAGGUCGGUCUCCCUCGUGCCCUUCUAGCGGAAUUUCUCGGCACCCUACUACUCAACUUCUUUGGCUGCGGUGCCGUGGUGACCGGAAAUGUCCUCACUAUCGCCAUGGCCUUCGGCCUGGUGGUGGCGGGCGUAAUUCAGGGGAUAGGUCACGUUUCCGGAGGUCACGUUAAUCCGGCAGUCACGUGCGGUCUCGUCGUCAUCGGCAAGGUGCCAAUUAUCAGGGGCAUUCUGUACAUCGUGGCGCAAUGCGCGGGCGCUAUCGCGGGCUCGGCGAUCCUGAGGGCUCUCUCGGCCGACACGAUGGAGGAUUUCCUGGGCGUGGUGAAGCUCUCCCAAGGGAUCAGUCCGGUGCAGGGAUUCGGCGUGGAGUUCUUCCUCGCGCUGAUCUUGGUGCUGGUAGUUUGCGGGGCGUGCGACGCCGCUAAACCGGACAGCAAGGGCAUCGCGCCUCUCAUAAUAGGCCUGGCGGUCACCGUUGGCCAUAUCGUCGGCGUACCGCGAACGGGUGCGGGAAUGAAUCCGGCGCGUUCGCUGGGUAGCUCUGUGGUGAUGGGCGCCUUCGACAACCACUGGGUUUACUGGGUAGGUCCGAUUAUGGGCGGUAUCGCCGGUGCACUUAUCUACGUGCAUGCAAUCGGACCGGCCAAGCAACCGGAAGUGCCCGCCAGGACUUACGCCUCGGUCGCAACCGAGGAAAAGGAGAGGUUCGAGUACAUUGACAGCGGACGUGGCGGACUUUAAGAUACACGAAGAUGUCCAGACGUACAAGAGCGAUUUAACGAUUCGCCUGUAGAAUAGAACUUUCGCGUAAAAAAAAAAAAAAGAAAGGGAACAGCGAACAUAAAAGCGACCUUGUUUUGCAGCUCCAGAAUCUUACCAGCAGGAAAAACGCCAGUCCCGCUUGACGUUCUAAUCGACUUUCUCUGCCAACUCGCCAAUUGUCUUAUAUCAAUAAUGUGAUAAAAACUAUCAAACGUCUUUUCUGUAAAAACCGCACGUGUAUUUCAAACCUGAAGUUUAUGAAAUUGCAUUGCUUUCUAGCGAAGUGAUCUUAAAAAAAAAAAAUAAAAAAAA